AUGUUCGGAGAGCCUCCUUUGAGCUACAUGUCCAAGAACGGCUGGUGGGGUGAGCCGGUCCAAUGGUACGUCCAGCACAUCAACAACUGCCAGUCCUUCACUGGCGCCGUGGUGGACAAUGCCGCUGUCUGCGCUUUGCCACGCCGCACCGGCCGAACCACGCUCCGUGCUGGCACCAAGUUGAGCGAGGGGCCAUUCAUUGAGACUGAGACCUACCCAAAGGAGAUGGAGAUGUCAGCUUCUGUGCCCUUCCUGCGCUACCCACAGGUGUUGAAGGGCUGGGUCGGUGAGGAGAAGGGCUUCGACCCUUUGGGCGUCACCGACGCUCUCCCCGUCUAUUGGGUGCGUGAAGCGGAGCUCAAGCACGGACGCGUCUGCAUGCUGGCCACCGUAGGCUGGAUUGCCACCGACAUGGGCUUCCGCUUCCCAGGCGACAAGUUCCAGGCCGUGUCCAAUGCCUUUGAGGCUCACGACAAAAUGGUGGAAGCUGGAUACAUGCUUCCUUUCCUUGGAGCUAUUGGCACCGUCGAGCUUUACUCCGGAUGGCUCCUCUACCAGGGCUGGUUGAAGGAGGUGAACCGUGAUGCUGGGGACUUCUUUGUCGGCAAGAAUUUCUUGCCCAAGGAGCCUGCGAAGGAGAAGGACAUGCGCUUGAAGGAGCUGGGAACAGCUGUUUACUCUUUGCAAACCGAAUUAAGACUACCCAGACUACCCAGAUGGAUGUGA